AUGAAAGCCAGAUUCAAGGGCCCUUCUGGCACUGGUGUCAUCGAACUUGAUGACACCGCUGGAGUGGAAAAUCUGUGCAAAGAAUUAAGGGAACGAACAGGCAUACAAGAAUUCUCUAUAAAAUACGGUCCACCUAUGGCCAUGCGAACUCUUGACACGGCGGACAAGUUCCAAUCAGUCAAAUCACUAGGGCUCCACGGCGAGACACUGACGAUCGUACCUAAUGAGUCCAACUCAAGCCCAACUACUUCAACUCAGAAGGCCGAACCGCAUCCCAGGUAUAUCUCGAGAAACCAGCGACAAGCAGAGUCGAAGCAGGGCCCAGAAGAAAUAACCGUUCCUUGGCCUGAGCGGGAGGGGACUCUCUCAUUUGGGGGCGCUUUGCAAACCCAAAUUCCAGCAGCAAAACUGAGAAAGAUGAUGGCCGAUUAUAUAUCUCAGCAUCAAGAUGUGUACACCGAGGCUGUACUUGGAAGCCCCCCCAUGCAAUACUGUCGAAGUAUACAAGAUCCGGAUCGGUGGGGCGGGGGUAUUGAACUCAGCAUCCUCUCCUCUAUCUUUGAUAUUCAAAUUUGCACAUAUGAUGUUCAAACACAAAACCUCAUCAACUUUGGAGAGAACAAGCGGGACCGUUGUGUUCUUGUGUACUCGGGUAUUCACUACGAUCGCGUAGCGUUCACUUAUUCCGAGUUUCCACACAAAACCUCCACCUUGCCUCCCGAAAUGGAUCGUACAUUGUGGCCUACUGAGGAUGAUGAGAUUUUGAACAAGACACGAGACCUUAUUGAGAAGCUUAACAAAGCCCAUUAUUACACUGAUACGGAGAGUCUCGUUCUCAGGUGCGACGUUCCCGGCUGUGAUUGGAUUGGAAGUGGACAAGCCGAGGGCAGUAAACAUGCACAACAGACAGGACAUGUUGAGUUGAGUGAAAUCCAUGAUACAGAAGAAGACAAUGUCCUCCGACAGUGUGGCAUACCAGGCUGUGAUUUCAUAGGCCAAGGGAGCAAAGUUAUGAGGCAGCAUACCGCAGACACAACGCACGAUCGGUAUUCCGUCAUCCCAGACUGGUAA